AUGGCAUCUUUUGAUAUCAACACAACCGGAGACGAUGUGCUUAAGCACUUCUCCAAGUACGCAGAGGUCAAAACAUUUGUCAUGACCGGCCCAAGUGAAAACGGCAUCGGCGCCGAAUCUGCAAUCACUCUCGCAUUUGCAAGCCUCCAGAGAAUCAUUCUUGUUGGUCGAACUGAAAGUAAAGUUAUUUCAGUGAUUGAAGCUAUCAGAAAGAUCAACCCAGAUAUUGAAGUCGCUUUCGUUGAAAUCGACCUUAUCAUUAACAAGAGCGUUCGGCAAGCAGAGAAGACGAAGACCUUGACGGAUAAGAUUCAUGUUCUUAUUAAUAAUUCUGGUGUCAUGGCUGUAAAACACUAUGCUACAUGUGUCGAUGGAGUUGAGAGCUAA